AUGUCUACUUCUGAGCUCGAUACUGCACGCGAGGUCUUGGCGAAGUACUACACAGCUACCGAGCCAUAUGCUGGUGUUCAUACCGUGACUUUCCAACCGCUUGCGGGCAAGUCGAGUCAAGAUCGCGUCGUCACUCAGCAAUGGGAGAUCGCCGGCCAGAAGUGGCUCUUCCUUGCGGUCUUUGAUGGCCAUGCUGGCGAAGCGGCUGUAGACUAUACUGUGCAAGAGUUGCCAGGCCACAUACAGGCCGCCCUCUCGGCGCUUCCAGCGGAUCAACUAUCCCGCGAAUCUGCUCUGGCGGACAGCAGUGUGGUGCAUACUUUGCUCACGAGCGAGGUAGAGAAGUUCGACGCGUCGUUAGGGGACGCUCUGAAGGCUAUCUGUCCGGACCCCGCUUCUCUCACUGAAGAAGAGGGUAAAGCGCUUGCGGAGAAGCAUCGCGAUAUCAUUCAACGUGCUCAGCAUGGUACGACUGUCGCAAUAGCGCUUGUGAACCCGGCAGCCCAGCUCUUGUGGAGUGUCGGUCUCGGCGACUCAACAGUUCUUCUGGUGUCUAGCGGAGAGGACGGCAAACCCAAGUACGAGGCACUUAACGAACCGCACGGGGCUUCCAACGACGCCGAGGUUGCUCGCAUCACGGCCGAGCACCCCGGCGAGCCCAACGCAAUUGCAUUCGCCAACGGCACCAAUCGCGUCUUGGGUUCCAUCAUGGUCACUCGAGCGAUCGGCGACUUCGCUCUCAAACUUGACAAGCAUUAUUUGGAGAAGAUCAUGCUUCACGUUCCCAACUCAGCCAAUCCGAAGGGCUUGCUGCGAGUCCUGGAGCACAGUAAGACGCCGCCAUACCUCUCGGGCACCCCGCAUGUGCGCUUUGUCGACCUGUCUGGCUAUACGGCUCCCAAGGUCGUCUUAUUCUCGGACGGCGUAGAGGCAAUCACCAUGGCCGCUUUUCGGGACCCCGUUGACGAGAGCAUUAACAGCGCUGAGAUUCUCGCCGACCUGCUGUAUCCAGAAUCGAACUCGGCCAGGGCUGAGGCGGCACUAGGGAAUGGCAUUCAGCCACACUGGCACGCUAAUGCCGCGGUAGAUCUUCUCGGGAACCUCGCGGGCGGUACGGAUGUUGGACGGCUGCACAGAAUCACCAAUCAGCAAGGACUGGAGGACAUGGAGCCUUACAUCGACGACACGUCGAUCAUCGUCUGUGACGUUGACGUCGCGCGCAGAUGA